AUGAUGCAAAACAUGUUCAAAGAUUUGAGAGAAGAUUUCAAUAAUGAAAUAUCAAGCAUUAGUGAGAAUAUCGAUUUAAUGCGGUCCGACUUGGAUACACUAUCUGUCAUCACGAAGGACAUAAAGGGUGAACUUGCGUCUCUGCGUCAUGACCAGACUAAUUUAAAACAGAAAAUAAUACUAAUAGAGAACAAGCAUGAUAACUUACAAAGAGGUGUAUUGGAGAUCCAGAAUGCACUGGACUUUAAUUGUGACAUGAGUGACAAAUUGGGACAACGCGUUGAAAGACUAGAGACUGAUUGUGUAAAAACAUUAAAACCAUUGAAAUCAUAUCUUAUCUUAAGUCGAAGAUUGAAGCUUUGGAGCAGCAUGCUAGGAGCCGUAACAUUGAGAUAUGUGGUGUCCCAGAAAAAAGGAAUGAAAACUUGA